AGGGGACGCGCUGAUUGGGCACAAUUGCGCAGACGGGCAGAGCAGCCGCGUCGGAUUGGUUCGCGUCCUUGUCGGUCUCCGGUGCCCGCACCGCACCUGCUUUGCUUUAACCCGCCCCUCGGGGUGACGUAGUAAACAACAUGGCGCCGCGGAGCGGUGAUGGGGUUUGAUUGUGUUGGAACUGUUGAUCAAUUAAAAGCUAGGUUUAAGUUCGUUGCUUUUGCUUUUUUAACCUCCGCUUACAGUUAUGUCGGUGAUACAAAACCUUGCUAAUAUGCUAGUCCAGGAAAGGUAAUGAUCCUUUCACAUUCCUUCGGAGGAUGAGACGCUGUAGCGAGUGAGUGUCGAAAGCCCGAUAUAUUAUUAGGAAACGCGCAGAAAGGAGACCGGGGGGUGAAAACCAACGAUGCGACCGCCUUUAUCGAUCUCACACGGUUAAUUUACCCCCCAAGUUUCUGCAUUGAGACAUAUUUGUGUACGCACGUAUUCAUAUGCGCGGAGAAGACGGGUGAACGUGACUGAUUUCCUCUCGAAAGCCGAAGGAUGGGGAGCCGUCGGGGAGCUGCGCUGUCGCUGGCGAUGGGGAUCCUCCAGCUGGCUGCGCUCCCGGCCGCUGGCGCUCCGCUUCCGGAUCCACCCGCAGGUCAGCUGGCCGCUGGCGAGCUGUCCCUCUCCCUGGCGGUCUCUGUGGUGGGCCUGCUGGUGCUGGUGUUCCUGUUACUGAACUGUACAUCCUGCUGCAAAGAACAGGAAAUCAUCUUCAAGGAGUUUGAGGACAACUUCGAGGACGAGAUCGACUUCACUCCCCCUGCUGAAGACACUCCUUCCAUCCAGUCUCCUGCGGAGGUCUACACCCUCGCUGUCCCUCCGCUGGCUCUGCCCGGACCCCCUCAUCUGCAGGCGUCCAGGACUGGAGAGGGAUCUACGGGUUCACAGGUGGCACGUCACAGUCUGAGCUACAUCCAGGAAGUCGGAAGUGGCUGGUUCGGAAAGGUCCUGCUGAGCGAGAUCUACACAGACCCAAGGCCGGACAGGGUGGUGGUCAAGGAGCUGAAGGCCAACGCCAACGCCAAGGAGCAGAACGACUUCCUGCAGCAUGGAGACCCAUAUCGGGUCCUGCAGCACCCCAAUAUCCUGCAGUGCUUGGGGCAGUGUGUGGAGUCCAUUCCUUUCCUGCUGGUCUUCGAGUACUGCGACCUGGGUGACCUGAAGGGCUACCUGAGCCAGCAAGAAUGGAUCUACGGGAGCUCGGAGCUGCUGCAGCUCCAGAAGAUGGCGUGUGAGAUUGCAGCUGGGCUGGCGCACCUUCACAAACACAACUUCCUCCACAGUGACCUGGCUCUGCGGAAUUGCUUUCUCACCACGGAUUUGACAGUCAAAGUAGGCGAUUAUGGAAUAGGUCCCUCCAGGUACAAGGAGGAUUACAUCAGCACCGAGGAGGAGCUGGCAGUGCCUCUGCGCUGGAUGGCCCCCGAGCUAGUGGCUGAGCUUCACGGAGGCGUGGUCACAGCGGACCAGACCAAGCCCGGCAACGUGUGGGCCCUGGGCGUGACACUGUGGGAGCUGUUCGAGAACGCCACACAGCCUUACCCCCACCUGUCUGACAGAGAGGUGCUAAUCCGUGUCAUAAAAGAGCAGCAGACCAAGCCCUUCAAGCCUCAGCUGGAGCUGCCUUAUUCUGACAGAUGGUAUGAGGUGUUGCAGUUCUGCUGGCUUCCUCCUGACAAGAGGGCCACAACCGAGGAAGUGCACCGGCUGCUCACCUACCUCCGCAUGCAGGGCCAGAAGGAGUCCGAGGACGACUUUGAGCAGCGGUGGAACGCACUCAAGCCCAACCCCUCCGCCCGCCCCACCACAGUCAGCCACUCGUCCUUCCCCAUCCUGGAGCAGUUUGUGGAUGACGGGCCGGGCCGCGAGCUGGACGAGGUUCUGACGGUGACGGAGACCAGCCGCGGCCUCAGCUUUGAGUACGUCUGGGAGGCGGCCAAGCACGACCACUACAACGACCGCGGCCCGUCCUGCGCCGACACCACCCUCAACUACCACAGCAUGUUCUUCCCCGUGCCGCCCUACGAGAAGCCCGCGGCUCUCCAGACCGGAGCCCAGAGAGGCGCCGACGGCGGGGCUCAGGCCCCUUCGGCUGGGGUCCCCGGCGUCCUUCCCGUCUUUGAUGCUCACAAAACGGCCACGGGGAGCGAAUACUACAUCCAGCUGGAGGAGCAGGGGGAGGGCAGCCUGGAGGUGGACGAGAACCAGGGUCCCCUGGGCUCACGAGAGGCCCCAGACCGAGAGCUGCCCCAGGACAGGCAGUCCCAGCAGUACGUGGUGCUCCGUGACAUCCGCUUGGACGAGUCUAGCACGGACGUCGACUUCUUUCACCGCAGCAUAGAUUCCAAGGAUUCAAAUUUACCCGAGAGUCAGGCAGGGUCCUCCAGCGAUCUGGAGAGCCCCUAUCACACAAACAUCUUCAGAGAGAGUGCUACCAAAUUGGAGGACUCUGGGUCAUGGAGCAGGAGUUUCCUGGAGCUGCCUGAGCUCAACGGGAACCGCUUCCAGAAAGGGGUGUCACUGGAAGUGGGUCCGGAGUCUGACCUCAAGACCACAGAGAAGAGCUUUGGGAGUUCUUUUUUAGGAGACGACCAGGAAGCAGUUUAUUUGGAGAGCACAAGGGAAAGCCCUGACUCAGUGCGAUUACUGAAUGUUGAGAAGCUGACGGACAACUUCUUGUUCCUCAAAGAGAACAACCUAAUGAAGGAUGGCGAGACUUCGUCAAGGGGCACCAAGGCUUUGAGUGUUGGUUUCUUAGACGCUGAGCUCAACGGCAUUCCAGAACCAAACUUCAGUGAGGUUUCUGCGGAUAGUUUAGAUAUCAAGUCUUCAGGCAAGGAUGAAAUAGCUGAGAAAGCUGACCUAAAAAGUCCCUCAACGUGUGAAGGGGAUUCUGUACCCUCCAAGAAGGAACUGUUGCACUUUCUUAGCCCAGGUGUGAAUGAUCCUCUGCAGCCUUUAGGAAAUAAAGAAACAUUGUUGCCUUCAAGUUCACUGAUUAUAGGAGAAAGCUGUAGUGACCAUCUACAGUGUAAAAGUAGCUCUUCCAAUGAAGAAUGUGUUGUACUUAAUUCCUCCGAAACAGAGACUGAAUUUAGUCUUGACUCUACCUCUAGGAGAGCUGAAGUCCCCACAAGUCCUUCCACUUACCACCAACCUACCCUGUUCCCUGAAAGUGCCACUAACAAUAUCUUGUGCAAUGUUGCCAAAACCCAUAGCCUGGAAGAAGAUUUAGGAGCUCCAGAAGAAGACGAGCCUCUUGCGGUGAUCGAAGAUCCUGCAAAUCAUGGCAGUCUUUCAGGUCCCUCUGCAUGUGACAGGAAAGCUGCUUUGGACAUUGGCCUUGCCAAUGAGGAUUCUGUAAGCAACACAGUCAAAGACAUUCAAGGUAAUGAACAGCAUGUACCCUCCAGCCUACAGCCUAUUAAUGACUCUGAGCAGAAGGAAGCCCUGAUCAACUUUGAGAGUAAUGAUAUCUCCGAUGACUUGUCAUCACAUACGACAUCUGCUCAUUGUCUGGACCAGAUAAGCCAAGAUAGCCUCCUUGAGGAUAGUAUGUCAACUACUAUGCUAACCAUCGAGCAUUCGGCAGAAACGCCAGACUCUUUAGAUUCACUGGAUAUGCAUGGGAUGGUAGGGCCAGCGGAAACGCUGAAUACUACUGCUCCUCAGAAGCUCCAGCCUCCUUAUAAAACCGCAGACAGUGGCUAUGAAACGGAGAAUCUGGAGUCUCCCGAGUGGAGUUCCCAGUCUGCUGUCAAAGAUUCUUCCCCAGAGGAAUACGUGCCAAGCAUCUCCGAGGAACCGGCCCCUGUGCUCCUCCCGCCCCCGGAGAUCAUCAUCUCGGAGGUGGAGACCAUGCUGGGUGUGGAGGAAGAGGCCACAGCCACCCAUCCGCAGGACGCCAGAGCUCCCGGUGUGGAAUUGUUCUCCAGUGCCAACCAAAACUCUUACCGUGACUCGGCGUACUUCUCCGAUAACGAUUCGGAGCCGGAUAAGAAGCUGGAAGAAGUCAGUGGCAGCAGCACCCAUGAGGUCUGCGAUUCCUCGGAUGCCGAUAUUGCCGUCAGUGCCAGGUGCACGCCGGGUCUGGACACUGCUGCCGCAGAGGCAGGGGAGCUCGCGAUGGCGUUGCUGGAGGGGCGGGCAGCUGAAGCAGCCGUGGACAGGCCUCAGGAAGAUCGAGCAGAGGAGCCCAGGCCUGUGGACAGAGUCGGGCAGAACAGCCUGCCAGAGCUGGUGCUCACCACUGAAGAGGACUGGGACAGGGAAGUGCCAGUGUCCAUUGACGGCAGCGAAGAACUGGAAGGGCCUGAUCUCGAGGUUCUUUCUGGUCCAGAGUCCGCGGCAGGCGUCGAUCCUGCCGGGUCCACAGACCCCCCCAGGGCUGCUGAGCCCCCUGAUUUUGCAGAGGCCUCUUUCCCAGCAUCACAGUUGCACUCUACAGGGGACACUAUGUUGCAUGAGAAGCUGUCACUGUCCCACCAGGGCGAGGGGCACAAGCUGAAGGAGCCCGACAUCGAAGGGAAGUACCUGGGCAAGCUGGACAGCCUGACCAUGGCAGGGGUGCUGGAGGACGGCAUGGAGGCGGACGAGGAAGAUGAGAACAGCGACGACUCGGACGACGACAUGCGCGCGUACCACCUGCACAGCACCAGCUCCGACAGCGAGGAGGACAUCGUGCACCCUGUGCCCAUCAUCAUCAGCAACAAUGACGCCUCGGCCAUGAACCUCAAGAGCCGGCUGAAGGGUUCCUCCCCCUGCGGGGCCCGGCCCCCGCCACCAGAGGGCGACUCUGAGCUCCGGCGGAAGGCUGUGUCCUUCUUUGAUGAUGUCACAGUUUACCUCUUUGACCAGGAGACCCCCACCAAGGAGCUGGGGGACCCCUCCUCCUCCCGUCCCGACAGCCGAGUGUCCGAGUUCAGCAGCCCCGUGUCCUCCUCCAGCUACCUGAACAGGUUCACCAACUCGGAGAGCUCCACCGACGAAGAGGGCGGCGGCUUCGAGUGGGACGAUGACUUCUCCUCCCCGGAGGCCUCCUUCAUGUCCGGCGCGGCCGGCCGCCUGAUCCUCGCCAAGACCUCUCCCGCGGCCUCGUCCCGCUACUUCUCCCCGCCGCCGCCCACCCGCGCGGCCGAGCCCAGCUGGGCGAGCCCCUCCGCCUACUCGCGCUUCUCCAUCUCGCCCGCCAGCCUCGCCGGCUUCUCCCUCACGCACCUCACCGACUCGGACAUCGAGCAAGGAGGAAGCAGCGAGGAUGGGGAGAAGGACUAAGCGAGGUCUUGUUCCACCUGCUUUCACUGGCAGAGCUGCACUGGGCACGGGCACUGCUGCAGGGCAGCUGAGACCUCUGAGGGGGCUGCUGUUCAGCUCCGGCUGGGCAGCCCCCGUCUCAGGGGCAGCGGAAGGGGGUUGAAGUCAACACCGAGCAGCAGGCAUGAGAAACGCCCAAACCCCACACCCCUCGCUCCCCGCAUUUAUUGAAGAACUGGACAGGCCAGGCGCAGGCCUGAGAGUUUUCACGGUGUGAUAAAAAAAAAUGACAGUUUAAAGUAUUAUUUUCUUAAAGAAGCUGUACAGGCAAGAAGAAAUCGUACUGUGUGCUGUUUGCUUUUAAGUCACUGCAGUUGCAUUUCAUUCUGGUUGUCUGAGUACGGGGCUGACUCGUUGUUUUAUGCAUUUUGUAAUGCACUGGAUUUCCCUGCAGGAUCUUCAGCACUGCACAGAGGACCGUCAGGCAUAGCUUUCCCCACUGUUGAGCAAUAAGGGGAAGCACAGCCCCCUGCAUGGGAGCCCUACACACUGCAGAAGGCAGCAGCUUUGUGUGGCGUCCAGAGAGAUGAGUUUCAAGGCGAUUUCUGUGCUGCUGACAAAAGAAGAAAGUCUUAGGUUUUGUGUGCUCGCUGCUGGUUUUGGAAACGGCUGGACAUGUGGGUCUCUUCAAGUCAAGAUCUGCUCAUAUUUUGGGUUUCGUUGUUUGCCGUGUUCUGGAGAAAGUGGCAAUAUGUCUCAUUUCAUGCACUGUCACAAACCCAUGAUAACCAUAGCAACCCUGACGAUAGCGAUAACGAUCUGGCGUUCGGGCCAGUGAUUGGUGCACUGCGGUUGAGGGCACUGUUAGCUGUUGCAGACAGAAUCUAAUUUCUGUUCAUGGGCUGGAGGUGCCUGUCAGGAUCUGUGUGCACAGGGCCUAGGUGGCUGCUGUAUACUGCUUCAGCAGCCAGGGUUUGUUUGUUUAAAACAUAACUUAUACUUCUUUACUCUUGUCUCUCUUCACUACAAAGCAGAUAAAGGCACAUGCCUGCUCCAGUGCAUGUAAAUUAAAGAUAGUCUGUGUCCUUAGACUAUAAAACAUUCCAAAACACUUUGCUGGAACUGCACUAAGAGCUGAAUUUACAGAUCGCCAGUUUAAACAUGUGCAAAAGCAAAGGAUCCACUUUGUUUCACCAUUGUUGUAUGUGCGAGGAGGUAUUUGCUGUAAGGCUGGUAAUCUUUGUUUCCUUUUUAAUGAAGGAGUUGUAUUAAAAGGAGGAAGGAAGCUAGCACUACGUUUUGUUUUCAGAAUUUUUUGGUUUGCUUCAGAAAAGAACGCAAAUCUUAGUUUGGAUUUGUUUGUGUGUGUGGGGGGGGGCGAGUACAGCUGAUAAUAAUUUUGAUCUUCAGAGUGCAAAAUCUUGAUCAUUUGUUUUAAAACAGAAAGCCACAGCUACCAAUGUGUGUUCUGCUGUUCAAACAUUAAAAAACCAAAUGAACAGACAGGCGGGGCAGUUCGUGUUUGUUGUUAUGCAGGCUGGCUGCUCUCCUUACUUGAGUUGUUUUAAUUACUGUUUGCCGUCUGUUAAAAGAGCUGAAGUUUCUUGAGGAAUACCAGAAUGUAGUAUAAAUAAGCUUGGUAUUACAAGAACAGAAGUGCAAUGAAAAACCUUGUUUUUACUAGUUUAUAGGAAUAACCAGUCUCAGUGCAAUGGUCUCUGUGUAUGUCAGGCCGACAUGCAGUAAUUCAUGGAGGAACAUGAGCUAUAACAUGAUACUCUCCCUGACCUCGUGCAUUAUUAUUCCUACAGCGGAGAUCUACAGAACUGUGGAGAAAAGGCUUGGUGUUUUUUUUUUAGUGAAACUGCAUCAUAAAGACUGUGAUCCCCUUGCGUUUGCAUGUAAUGCACUACAUUUCAGGUUUCAUAGACGCAUAAAAGGUUAUGAGCUUGGGUUCAGGUGACCACUGGAAAAUGGAAGAAUAAGACUUUUCCUUUUUUAGAUAUUCUCUUUGUCAGUGGAACGGUUAGCCCGUAGACUGAAUUUGCAAAACUCAGAAUUUAAGAAGUCAGUCAGAUUUUGACACUUCAAUCUAGUUAAAUUUGACAAAGUGCCAGAUGUCUGUCUGAUUCAUUGCGUGUUUGGAGUGCAGCAGCUGAGAAAUAUAACCCUAUUAGAAACAAAUCCAACUGGAACCCAGAAGCAUUACUGAGACCCACGAAAAUUGUGCUCUUUUCAGGCUUUGUAUAAAGUAGUAUACAAUAAUAAAAAAAAUAAAUUGAUAUAAAGAAUUCAAAAAGUUCUUCCAGACUUAACUGGUUAAAGAUGGAGAUGUCUUAGUUUAAGACAAUAGCUUUCAAGUGGUUAACAGGUGCAGGAAUCCCAAAGAUUAUUUUAUAAAUGGUGAACGCUUUUCCAAAUUUAAAUACCAGUUGUUUCGGAUAUGUUGUUAGUAGGUGCCCUUUUUAUUCAAGUACAGUAGUUACUGUAUUUAAAAAGGUUAAUAUUUGUAAUAUCAGGAGCCUGUGCUACAGAUAAACUUGAAAUUUUAUUUUAAAGAAUUCUGAUGUUUUAUUCUACAAACAUUUGCUUAAUCUUGCACAUUUGAGAAGUGUAACUUAAUGUUGAAUGGUACUGAUGUAUAUAAAUGUUAUAAUUUUGUCUGUAAAUGGGGAAUGAUGUAACCAAGUCCUAGGUAUGAGGUUUUCAUUUUGUAAUUUAAUAGCUACAUAAAGGCAGCAUAUCACGAUUUAAAAAAAAAAGCUAAAAUUAAAUUAAACAAACAGAAAAGAAAACUUCAGGUCAUCCUGUCCUUAAAAAGUGUACAUUUUUAAAAAUUGUAAUAUUUUUACUUCACGUUGAUGAUCAUGCAUAGUGUAAUUCAAUGAAAUGUUUAUAAUGAAAAACACUAUGUCUAUUUAAUAUGGAGAUUAAAUGAAAAUUGACUUGUAAAUUGA